CGGACCUUUUAUGCCACUGCCCUUGAAGGCUGGGCCAAGAAAUAAUUUGAAUUUCACCUCUUCUUUUUGAAGUUUCACCCAAUUUUCCCUCGUUUAUUUCCAGCACUAUAAUGUCUUCCGAGCUAUUCGACAAUUACGAGAACGAGUACGCCGGCCUGGUUGCCACCGUCAAGCAGCGCCUCGAGACAUCCCUGCCCGAGCUGGUCGGCGACGAGCGCCGCACUGCUCUGCGCACCACCGAGCGCGAAUUGGAAGAAGCCGCCGAGCUCGCCGGCCAGAUGGAAAUGGAGCUUCUGACGCUCCAGGGCCCGACACGCUCGCGCGCUGCUCCACGCGUGCGCCAGUACAAGUCCGAUGUCGAGCGGCUGAAGCGCGAGCUCAAUCAGGCGAGCCAGGGCCUGGGCAGCUACGAGAGCAACCGCCGCGCGCUGCUGGGCUCGCCACGUGAUCUGGCCAUGGAGGAAUCCUCUGCCGACUCGGACCAGCGCACGCGCCUGCUGUCCGGCAACGAGCGCCUGCUGCGUGGCAGCCAGCGCCUGCAGGAUAGCCACCGGAUCGCUAUGGAGACGGAGGCGUGGGCGCCAGCAUUUUGAAUGACCUGAGGUCGCAGAGGGAACAGAUUGUCCAUACGCGCGACACCCUGAUGCAGGCCGAUUCCCAUGUCGACAGGUCGCAGAGGACCCUGCGCACCAUGACGCGC